UCAUCAUCUAUCGUCUAUCAUCCACUGUCAAAGGAAGAAUUCGGAGAUUUCGAUUGGUAUAAAACCAAAAACCCUAAUUUAAAAAAAAAAAAAAAAACAGAAAAAAUGAUGAAAUGAGAGGAACAUGGCUGGGGAACACGGAACGAGAACGCAACUAUGGGGGACGUUAGAGGAGCUCUUGCUCGUUUGCGCCGUGAACCGCCAUGGCACCCAGAGUUGGGACUCCGUCGCCUUGGAAGUCGGGGGCCGCUGCUCCGCCAAAGCGACAGCGCUCCUCACUGCUCUGAACUGUAGGGACAAGUUCGAGGACAUCAAGCGGCGGUUCGUAUUGGGAGACGACGACGAUUCGUCCAGGAGCCUGGGUGCGAUGGUUGACGAGCUGCGAAGGGUGAGGGUCGAGGAGCUCCGACGCGAGGUCCGCCGUCGCGACGUUUCGAUCGUGUCGUUGGAGUUGAAGGUGAAGAGGUUGGAGGAGGAGAGGGAGCGCAGCUUGAAGGAGGACGCCGAGGCCACCCGUCCGAGCAAAGAUCUCAAGCGCGGGGGAGAUGAUCAACGGGAUGGUUCGCCGGAGAAUCUCGCCGGAAAAAUGAACUCCGGCUCGGACUUCAAUUCCGACGAGCGUGAGAAUCGAUCCUUCAACGAGUCUAAUUCGACGAGCCAAAGGGGCGCGGCGGAGAAGCAGGCGGAGGGGAAAGAGGAGGAGCCCGGGCCGGAACGAAACGAACCAGAUCCGAUGCGGGCUAAAAUCCGGUCCGAACCGGAUCGCGAUUGCUCUGUUAACGGCAAAGUAGCAGACGAUGACGACGAAGACAAUCAAAACAACAAAAACGGCGAUGAUACGGCGAAGGCGAGUCAACUCGACGACUCGAGCGAGUUGUGGGAAUCGGGUGGCGAGUCGAAGCUGGAGGCAAAAAGAGGUCGUCGUCAUGGUGCGGUGGCGUCGAGGCAGCAGAACAGCGACGUGCAGAGCUCGGCGAGCUUGUCGAAGAGAAAACGACGUCGUGGCGGCGGAGGAGAGGGAGGAGGAGGAGGGAGCAGGAGUAGGAGUAGGAGCAGCAGCGGCGAAGAGGCCGAGGGUGACGAAGUAUCUCCCGCCACCAGCAAAGGGGUUAAGCAGCUCAAGCUGGUUAAAUCUGAGCCGUUGAUCAAGGUCCUCAAGAUCAUCCGGUCUCAUCGGCUCGGCUCCGUAUUCGAGCGGCGGCUUCGGAGCCAGGAAUCAGAAAGGUACAAAAGUUUGAUUCGGCAACACAUGGACCUACAUAUGAUUCAAUCCAAGCUUAACAAAGGUGUGUACACAGAGGAUUGCAUCCGCUUGUUCUUCCGUGACCUCCUCCUCCUUUUCAACAACGCCGUCGUCUUCUUCCGCAAGAACUCACUAGAGCACAACGCAGCUCAAGAGCUCCGCUCCAUUGUGCUAAAGGAAAUGAACGACCAGCUCCCGAAACCACAAUCCGCAACCGAAACCGAAAAAUCGAACGUGCCCAAGAUCGAAACCAAAGCUCCGAAUAUCGAGUCCCAUGGCUCUGAGAAACCCACCAAGUCUUCCAUUGUUGUGUGUGGAAAACUUGGUUCUGUCAAUGCACUCUCUGAUGCGAAGAAUCGGAAGGGAGAUAAGAUCGAAGAGAAAGCGAAGGCGGCGAAUGUGAAGAAGGCGGAUGGUGCUGCAUUUGUGAAGGUUGAGGACAAGGGGGUUAGGAGACGGAGGACGCAAGAAAGAGGCGGGUGGAGAGGCACGAGCACGAGGGGCAGGAAUGCAGGGAAGCCGACCAAGCCGCACGAGUAUGGUGUCAAUGAACUCAGUUCACAUGACGGUUUGGACGCGUUGAAAGCGGAGAAGGAGAAGAAAGAAAACGGAAGGAAGAAGCAAGGCGCGGCGAGGUUCUUGAAGCGAAUGAAGCAGACCUCGAGUACUGAAGUGAAGAAGGAGAAUUCGGAUGGUACCGAGGAGGAUAGCGAGGAGAGCGAGGACGAGAAGAAGAAGAAGAAGAAGCCGACGAGGGUAAGGAGGAAGCCGGAGGUUGAGAGGAAGGAGAGGGUGACGCGGAGUUCAACGGAAAGCGGAGGAGGGAGGGGAGGGGGAAGAAGGAGUCAGGAGAGCAAUGGGAGGGGAAGAAGAGGGGUUGGGAGGCCACCGAAGAGGCCGGAAACUUCGGCGGCUGGGGCGGGUAGCGGGAAGAGAGGGAGAGACAACGGGGAGGCGGGUCAGGUGGGGAGUGCAGGGAGGCCGAGAAAGCGUACAAGGAGGUGAAUGUGAACAUUGCUGUAAGCUGUAAAUUAUUUUUGGUGUGGUGGUUUGGGUUAAUUUCUGGUCUUGCUUUGUUGCUAUGCUAGGUUUUUACAGUCUUUUUUUUUUUUUUUUUUUACCUUUUUGCCCAAGAGGUAAAAAAGAAUUACGAGAGAGAGAGAGAGAGAGAGAGAGAGAUUUGUUGUGAACUUGUAGAAUGUUUUGGCAAGAAGCUGGGCUUUUUUACUGCAAUAGGAAAGAAGCUGGGCCCAAAACCCCCGAAAACAAAGGAAGAAGUUAAAGAUAAUACAAAAUAAUAGUAUUGGAAAGAGGAAGCGUAA